CAGCAACCAGAGCCCUGGCAGGGCGCAUGCUCGUUGUCACUGUCAGUACUAAGUCACUGCCAGGUGCGAAUAGAGUGUGGCGUCAGGACUCGGGAAGCGAGAGGUGUUGUUGCUACUGAGGCGUCGAAUUAUUGUUGAUUGUAUGAGUUCGCCUGAAAGUGAAACUCCAACCAUGUGGGUCUUUGCAUAUGGAGCUAUGCUUUGGAAGGAAGAUUUACCUUUCCUGCAAAAAAUUACCGGCUGUAUAACCGGGUAUGUAAGGCGUUUUUGGGUGGCAACUGACGAUUAUCAGUGCUUCCCCAACAAGCGUGGUCGUGUGGUUGCGUUAGUUCGGACGGGGUGCCCCAGGGAUAUGGUGUGGGGUGCAACAUAUGAAAUUGACAAAAAAAAUGAAGCAAGUGUUGCCUCAGAACCAGAAUUUUUUGGAAGGGCUGGCUUUGUUAAACAGACUGCAACAUUCUAUCCUGUGCUGACAAAAAGAGCACAGUUCACUUCUCAUGUCAAACCUUUCGACAUAACACUGUAUGUGGCAACAGAUAACAAUUCGUGUUUCAAGAGGAAUGAGCCGCUUAAUGAGACUGCUUCAUGCAUAGCAAAUGCUCAUGGUCCCAAUGGCAGCAAUGCUGAAUAUCUGUAUAAUCUUGUUGCAGAAAUGAGGCUGAUAGCACCAAAUUAUAAGGACCAUCAUCUAUAUCCUCUUGAAAGUGCCGUGAAAAAAAUCAUAGCUGAAAGGGAAGCAUCUGUAGAUCUCUGAACUACAAACUGUCAUCUUGAUCGUCAGAGCUGUGAGUCAGAUCGGAACUCGAAUGAGGCUUUGAGUCAUGUCGUGUUGUGCUCGAAUAGCUCAGUCGGUAAUUGCAUUGCCUGCAAAAGGUGAACGUUUGAGUUCAAGUCUGACCCACAGCAUACGAUGUUUCAUUGCAGUAUACUCCUAUGUUAGCAACCAUAAGACUACUCGGAACUGAACUCUGGUUCAGUGCUUCAAUACUCUUAUCAAUUGUACAUCUCCUCAUUAGCUUUGUUUUAAUUCAGAAGAGGUGACAUCCCAGAGAGUGCCAUUCUUUCAAGGAUAAUUGUUGUAUCUGUGUAAUAUGUGUAUGAUAGAGGUAGAAAAAAAUACUCAAAAAUAACAUUCCAAAAUGAAUGAGAGUAAUUUUAAAAUUUAAACAGAUGUUUCUCUGCUCAUUAUGUAUCCAGUCAUGACAAUUUGUACUGGUUUCCAGUGGUGAGAAAUUGAUCUGAACAUGGCUUACAUGAAAUUAACUGUUGUAGCCUCAGAAAACUGUGUACUUGUUCCACACUUUGUUUUGUUCAUGGUUUUCAAUCUUCAACAGUUCAUUUUUUAAAAAUGUUUCUAGUCGGUCUAAGUUGAAUCUUUAUAAACUAUGUAUAAAAAGGUGGAGAGAGAACACAACUGGCUCAUUAUUUUUGUGCCAGAUAUUUUACUGUCCUUAUACAUCUGCAGAAUGCAAGGAAAGAUAAGCGAUUCUUUCGUAUCACAUGAACAUCUUGAAGACCAAAUUUCUUCUUUGCUUGUAAGUCUUAGUAAGGAUUCUUUAGGUGGCUUUUCGUUUUCAGAGGAAUUGUACAAAAGUCUCUGCAGUGUACUCUAGCACAAUUUUAUUCUCUCGUACUUCUUUUCUGAGAAGUCUGUAGGAUUGUAAGUUCACAUAAAUUCUGAAGAUCAGAGGUCAGACCCAGUUAGUAAGAAUGUGAAAUGGUACCAAAUAAAAUAAAGUAUUUGUGGCAGCCAAGUAGCAUAUUAUUAUUGUUACUGCUUGAAAAUAAUAAUACAGACAAAACUCGGAGGUGCUUCAGUAUUCUUCCACAUAGCUCUGUUUGUACUUUAUAACUUAACUUACUCAGCUUACAUUUAAUUGACCAUCUUUCUCUCCCCUAUUUUUAUUAGGUUUCCUCCUGUGAUAUUGAAUGUAAUUAAACUACCAAAUGUAAUAUAUAAGAAUACUGUAAUUGAUGUGAACUAAAUUUUCUUUAUGUAUUGUAUGUAUGUAUGUGUGUAUAUGUGUAUGCAUUAAUGUUGUAUGAAAGUUCGUGUAGGAUGUAAGUACUUUAGAAUUAAAGUUGAAUUGUCAGUAGGCACACAGAAAAGAAAGGAAACUAUCUUUUGGAGCCAUACUUUGAGCUAGAGUAAUAUUUUACUCUAGCAAAUCAAAGAAUAACUCUAAAAGCUAGCAAGUUCCCUUUCUUUUCUGUGUGCCUAUCAACUCAUCACUUCUGAUUUUCAGUGAGUGGUCUCCUUUAAUCCAAAAUUAUGUGUGUAAUAAAUGGACUUGUUCAUUAUAUUUAUGUAUUGUACCAACCACUGCAUCAAUAAAAAUGUUUAUCUACCA